AUGUUGCAUCCGGAGCUUCUGUUGCCAGUCGCCCCCGACUGGCUGGGCGGAGACGUUGGCUGCGAGCCCGUGGACGACUCGCAGAGUUUGACGACCGCCUUCACCGAGGACGUCGUCUCCCGGAUCGGCCAGUACGAGUCUGCGGAAGCCAGCAGCUGGUGUUCGACAUCGUCAACGUGUGGAUACCCAAGGCGGAGAAGCAGAUCGCGCUGCUUCCAUCUCUGGCGCACUCGGGAGACGGCUUCUACCAGCACGACACCCGGCCCUCCGUCGAGGACCGAGGUGGAGGCCACCGGUCUGCAGCACGAGUUCCAGGCCCUCGGCCGCGGAACGGCCGCCCUCUUCUUCGGCCGCUACGUGCUGCACCAGGCCGCCGAGGGGCCGGGCUUCGUGAAGUGCCCGCAGGGCUCCAUGGAGACCAGGUACCUUGUCCUGGCUCCCCGGGGCAGCCUGCACCGCUUCUCGGCGGGGCACCAGGGCGCGGCGGCGCAGAGCGGACUGAGCACAACCGCUGACGCCACAAACAGAAGAUACCGGUCCUCUUCCUCCUCGCGUGCCCGCUCACAUCAGGG